AUGAAUGAUUAUCGAAAAAAAUUGAGCGGCGCUGCAUAUAAAAAGCGAGCGGCCGAAAAAUCACAAAAAGAACAAGAAGCGUUGCAGAAAACUCGUAAACUCGAUUCUUUUUUCAAAGAAAAACAAAUUGAUGAGAAAUGCGUUCAUGACACAAAUGAAGAGUAUUCUGAAAAACGAGGUUCCAAUGAAUUGCGUCGAAAUUCAUUGAAUGGCUGUUCAAAAUCAACUGAAAACAAAGGAGAACGAUCGAGUUAUAACCGGGAAUAUAAUUCAGUAGAACGAGAAAAUGUCUUUAAGCUAAAGCAAUUAGCUAACACUCAAAACAGAAUCGAUGGCAAUUUAACCUCUCAACUUGAGGGGGAGAUUUCCUAUUGGAAAAGUGUUUUACGUAGAGUUGUUUCAGCUACAAAAACUUUUGCUUCGCGUGGUCUUGCGUUUAGGGGUAGCGAUGAAACAUUAGGCUCACCAGAUAAUGGCAACUUUCUAAUGCUGAUCGAAUUUCUCGCGGAAUUUGAUCCUUUUAUGGAGGAUCACAUCAGGAAGUUUGGCAACAAGGGCUCUGUAGAUUCAACACCUGAUGUAUCACACGUAGACCAACUUGCCUUCGUAAUUAGAUUUGUCACUGACGAUGGUGAUCCGGUAGAACGUUUUUUGUUAUUCGUUAAGAAUCCCGGGCAUAAGGGACAUGAAUUGGCAGAUGCAGUGGUUUCUACUAUGGAGGCUUUCGGCCUGAAAGUUAUUGACUGCAGAGGUCAAUCUUACGAUAACGCCAGCAAUUGUUCAGGAAUGUACAAGGGUUUACAAGUGCGAAUUCGCGGAAUCAAUGGUUUAGCUAUUUAUGCUCCAUGUGGUGCUCACUCUUUGAAUUUGGUAGGAGUUCAUGCAGUGGAAAGUUGUUCAGAAGCAGUUUUAUUUUUUAACGUGCUUCAAACAUUGUACAAUUUCUUCACAGCGUCUACACAUCGAUGGGAAAUUUUAAGGUCCACUGAAAAAACUAAAUCAAUCACAUUAGCAUCUUUGUCCACUACUAGAUGGUCUGCUCGUGAUGACGCAGUUGAGGUUUUGAAUCAAUAUUUUCAGGACAUAGUUGAGAUUUUAAAAACGAUAGAAAAAACUGAUACGGAAAAUGCAAUAACCAAACAGGAAGCUAAAGGCAUUCGUGAACAAUUGGAAAAACUGGAGGUUGCUUUUAUGCUGGUUUUGUGGUCUUUUUUGCUUUCAAGAAUCAACGGUGUCAGUCAGAAAUUGCAAAAAGUUGACAUUAGCAUUGCUGAGGUUAUCGGUCAGUACCGUGGGCUCAUAAAAAUGGUUGCUUACACUCGGAAUGAAUUUUAUAGUUUUGAACGAAAAGCACUCCAAAUAUCCGCUACUCAAUUGUAUGCGUCAGAUUUUUCCCGGAAAAAAAUAAGAAAACUACGUGUCGAUGAAACAAUAGAUAGUGAAGUUCAAUUUUCGGGUCGGAACGUGUUUAGAGUUAAUACUUUCAACGUCAUUUUAGAUAAGUUGUCAACUGAACUAGAAGAAAGAUGUGCAAAAUAUCAAGUUAUUUAUGAAAACUUUGCCAUUAUCACUCAAUUUGAUAAGCUAGAAUCAAGUGAAAUUCGUGCGAAAUCAAAAUUACUCAGAGAAAUCUAUCACUCGGACUUUGAAUCUUCAUUGGACGAUGAGUUUGUUCACUUUUACGCAUUUUGUCAUGACAAACAAAUUCAGCAAAAGUCUCCAUUAGAGUUAUUAAGAUAUCUCCGUGGAAAUGAUUUGUCUUGUGUCUUUCCGAAUGUUGAAAUUGCUUAUAGAAUAUUCAUUACUAUUGCUGUGACCAACUGUAGCGCAGAAAAAAAAAACUAUUUGCGCUCCACAAUGAAAGAAGAUCGCCUUAACAGCUUAGCAAUUUUGUGUUUCGAAUCUGAGUUGCUGCGUUCUUUGGACUUCGACAACUUAAUCACCCAAUUUGCCAAUAAAAAAGUUCGGCGAGUAUUUAUCUAA